AUGGAAGAUGCUCGCGAAGUGGCAGUCGCCAAAUUGGCCGAUAUAUUAAAGCAUCCAGAUGAUCUCAACACCAAAGUCGGCGCAUUGACUCGCAAGAUUGCAAAAGAAAAGGCCACCAUCGAUGCUCAGCUCAACACCGGUGUGCAGACCCAACUCGACAAUGUGCAAGGUGGUUUGGAGACACUGACACUUUCUCGGGAAAGCAGCAACAAAAUCAAGGACAACAUGCAGCUUAUCGAUCGCCUUUGCCGUGAAGCUCAAAGUAUGAUUGGGGACUUUCCUCGCAUUGCCAAGAUAUCACGUAUUCACCAGAACUUUGUCGCCACGUAUCAAAAGGUGCAGGCGCUUCAAGAAUUGUAUCAGCGACUCAAGGACCUUGAGGACAUGUUUGCACCUAUGCAGCAAGACAUUUUCAUGUACGAUGGACCUUUAUUGCAUGUGCAUUAUCAGCUAUUCAAGCUCGAGGAAUUCCGUGACAAGACAAUGCACCAAGCACGAGAUUCACCACACGACGUGAUUAUUACGCUCAAGACAUACUUUCGACGAUUGGAUGUGUUAUCGGAUGACUUUACUCAGUAUCUUUGGGAGUUGACACGCAACUUGAUCCCGUUGGUGGAACGUGAUUGUGGUCCGACCAUUGUCAAGUUGGUCAAGAUCAUUGAAGCUGAGGAGACGGCGGAUGAAAAAGCGUUGGCUGCACGACAAGCACAAACCAGUCAUCAAGAUCUUCAAGGAACCAAAGGAUGGAGAUUGGCUGAAGGGAAUCCUCGUACUAUCAAAUCCUAUCGUGUGCAAUUCUUUGAGCAGCUUCAUCAAUCUCUUUUGGAACGAUUUACCGAGCGGCUGGCACCGUACAGGGAAAGUGAGGAUUGGUGUGGAGCAUUGGAUGCGACCGAUUUCAUCUUCAAUGAUCUUGAAUUGGUAUACGACGAGAUUGUGCCCAAGUUUCCAAAGCGAUACAAGAUCUACCCAUAUUUUGUUCUCGAAUAUCAUCGCCACACAUACGACUUUUUGAAUGAGAUGGUCAAUCAGGAUUUAGACGCCGGCACCAUCCUUCGUCUGCUUCGAUUUGUACGCGACUAUUAUUCAACAAUGAGCACACGUCUUGGCGUCACUGAAGAAUUACUUGAGCCACAGCUAUUGGAUGGUCAGGAGCAGUCGCUGGUCGACGAGUAUCUCAAAUUGGUGCGUAGCAAGUUGGUCGAAUGGACAUCCAAUUUGAUGCAAGCUGAAUCACGUGAUUUUGUUCAACGCAACGAGCCACCGGAUAUGUCACCUGAUGGACAAUAUGGCAUGUCGGGUGCAGUCGACAUGUUCCAAAUCAUCAAUCAGCAAAUCGAUGUGGCAGCGGAUGCCAACCAGGGCAAGCUCUUGUAUUUGGUGGUCAAUGAAUGUCAUAAGGUGAUGAAGGAUUCCCAGAGUUUUUGGAAGAAAUUGCUUGCAUCGGAGAAGCGAAAGCAACUUGAAGAACCGGAUGAAGCACCUGAAGGCUUUGUCGAGUAUGUGAUGGCCAUGUCCAACGACCAAAUCAAGUGUGCAGAUUUUGCGGAGGAGAUUCUGGAUCGGAUCAUGCCUAUGGUGGAGGGUAAAUACAAGUCGCAAGUGCAAGAAAAGCUCACAACGGCAGUGGAUGGAUACAUGCAAAUUGCAGCUGGUGGACGAGAUGCAUUAUUGGAUGUCACCUUUAACGAUAUUAAGCCUGUGUUCCAUGAGCUAUUUACGCCACGGUGGUACGAACAGCCACUUAUUCCAUCCAUCAUUGAAACACUCAAGGAUUACUGCCAGGAUUUCGCAGCCCAUCUCAACGAGUUUUUAUUCAAUAAGCUUAUGGAUGAUAUUUUGGAUCGCUUUAUCAUGCUGUUUUUGGAAGCCAUGCGAAACAAGAGUGCCAAAUUCCACAUGGAUGUGUGUCUGGAUAAGAUCCAAAAGGAUGUACGUCUUUCAUUCAACUUUUUCGCAAAGUAUCGACCUGUGGAAGUAUUGGAGGAGCGCUUCGAUGUCAUUGAUAAGGUGCACACGUUAUUGGAAAGCAACCGUCGAAUGAUCUUUGUGGAUUAUUAUUCUCUGAGACAAGCCUAUCCUGAUGUGCCAUUAGCAUUCGUGGAGGAUAUCCUUAGCAAGCGUGAUGAUUUGGAUAAAGCAGCUCUCAAGGAUAUCAUUGAAGGUAUCAAGGCCAAGGCACGAGAAUAUGAACCUGAUGCCAACACGCCUCCUACGAUCUUUAGCAGGAUUAAAUGGUAA